AUGAAGCUUAUUAGAUGGUCCAAUGGGGAAAGGUGUAUAAACACUAUCGGCAGUUAUAGAUGUGUAUGUAGGGAGGGAUAUCAAGGAAUCAACUGCGACCAAAGAGUUAAGUUAUGCCGGAAUCAUCCGUGCCAACGGGGUACCUGUGAAAACGUGUGGAAACCCGACCACCCUGACUACAGGUGUAUUUGUCCUGCUGGUUUCACCGGGAAAAAUUGCGAAACAAAUAUCGACGAAUGUCAGUCUUCGCCGUGUCAAAACAACGGAAAAUGUUCUGACGAAAUCAACGGCUAUAGCUGUAAAUGCAGCGCAGGAUUCACGGGCAAAGACUGCUCCAUCCCACCCACAGCGUGCUACAGCCAACCUUGUGAGAAUAACGGACACUGUCAAGAAAGCUUUGGGACUUAUACCUGCGUUUGCCCCCCUGGGUACACGGGGUACAACUGCGAAACAGACAUAGAUGAUUGUGCCAUGGCAGUGUGUCUCAAUGGCGGUUCAUGUGUAGAUCAUGUAAACGGAUACACUUGUAAUUGCCCCCCUCAUUACAGUGGAACGUAUUGUCAUAUAGACAACAACAUGUGCCGAUCCUCUCCUUGCAAGAACCAAGCUACCUGUCAGAACAAACGAAAUGGAUAUGACUGCCUAUGUCCACCUGAUGUCUACGGACAACAUUGUGAAGUCGAUAACAACCUUUGCAGAUCUUCGCCAUGUCAGAAUAACGCCUCCUUUUGCUUAAACAAACCAAAUGAUUACGUUUGUAAUUGUACGACUUCAGACUUCAGCGGCAAGAAUUGUGAAAUAGACAAUAACAUGUGCAGAUCAUCGCCAUGCCAAAACCAAGGUACUUGUCAUAAUCAACCAAAUGGAUAUGAUUGCAAGUGUCCCAAAGAUUUUAGUGGGAGACAUUGUGAGAUAGACAACAACCUAUGUCGGUCGUCUCCAUGUCAGAACCAAGGUCAGUGCCAGAACCAACCGAAUGGCUAUGACUGUGUUUGUCCUAAGGACUUUAGUGGACACCUCUGCACGACAGAUAACAACCUCUGUCGCUCGUCACCAUGUCAGAACCAAGGUACUUGCAACAAUUCCCCCAAUAAUUAUACUUGUGUCUGUCCUGCCAGCUUCAGUGGAAAACAUUGUGAGAUAGAUAACAACCUUUGCCGUUCCUCGCCAUGUCAGAACCAAGGUAAAUGCCAGAACCAACCAAAUUCUUACAAUUGUGUAUGCCCGACGGACUUCAGUGGAAAACACUGUGAGAUAGAUAACAACCUUUGUAGAUCAUCGCCAUGUAAGAAUGGGGCUUCAUGCCAGAAUCAACCAAAUUCUUACAAUUGUGUGUGCCCGACCGACUUCAGUGGAAAACAUUGUGAGAUAGAUAACAACCUUUGCAGAUCCUCGCCAUGUAAGAAUGGGGCUUCAUGCCAGAAUCAACCAAACGGUUACAAUUGUGUGUGCCCGACCGACUUCAGUGGAAAACAUUGUGAGAUAGACAACAACCUUUGUCGUUCGUCCCCAUGUCAGAACCAAGGUAAAUGCCAGAACCAACCAAACGCUUAUAGCUGUGGAUGCCUGACCGACUUCAGUGGAAAACAUUGUGAGAUAGACAACAACCUUUGUAGAUCGUCGCCAUGUCAGAAUGGGGCUUCGUGCCGAAACCAACAGAAUGCCUAUGUCUGUGUUUGUCUUAAGGACUUCAGUGGACUCCUCUGCAAGACAGACAACAAUCUCUGUCGCUCAUCACCAUGUAAAAACCAAGGUAUAUGUAGAAGUUCCCCUGACAAUUAUACCUGCGCUUGUCCCGUCGACUUUAGUGGAAAACACUGUGAGAUAGAUAACAACCUAUGUCGAUCGUCGCCAUGUCAGAACCAAGGAAAAUGCCAGAACCAACCGAAUAGUUACACUUGUGUAUGCCCGACCGACUUCAGUGGAAAACAUUGUGAGAUAGACAUUAACCUUUGUAGAUCAAAGCCAUGUUUGAACAGUGGAUUGUGUAUGUCGUCCCCAAAUAACUACAACUGCUUGUGCCAGUCAGGUUAUGGUGGUCGCAACUGUGACAUUGACAACAACCAAUGCAGAUCGUCGCCUUGUCAAAAUCAGGGUACUUGCAGCAAUUCCCCCAAUAAUUAUACAUGUUCCUGUCCCUCCGACUUCAGUGGAAAGCAUUGUGAGAUAGACAAUAACCUUUGUAGAUCAAAGCCAUGCUUGAACAAUGGAUUGUGUAUGUCGUCCCCAAAUACCUACAACUGCCUGUGCCAGGCAGGUUAUGGUGGUCGCAGCUGUGAUAUUGACAAUAACCAAUGCAGAUCGUCGCCCUGUCAAAAUCAGGGUACUUGCAGCAAUUCCCCCAAUAAUUAUACAUGUUCCUGUCCCUCCGACUUCAGUGGAAAACAUUGUGAGAUAGACAACAACCUUUGUCGGUCCUCACCAUGUCACAACCAAGGAAAAUGUCAAAACAAACCAAAUGAUUACAAUUGCGUAUGUCCGACCGAAUUCAGUGGAAAACACUGUGAGAUAGACAACAACCUUUGUCGUUCCUCGCCAUGUCAGAACCAAGGCACUUGUAACAAUUCCCCCAACAAUUAUGCAUGUUCCUGUCCCGCUGAUUUCAGUGGAAAGCAUUGUGAAAUAGACAACAACCUUUGUCGGUCAAAACCAUGCCUGAACAAUGGAUUAUGUAUGUCGUCCCCAAAUACCUACAACUGCAUGUGCCAGUCAGGCUAUGGUGGUCGCAACUGUGACAUUGACAAUGACCAGUGCAGGUCGUCGCCCUGUCAAAAUCAGGGUACUUGCAGCAAUUCUCCCAACAAUUAUGCAUGUGCUUGUCCCGCCGACUUCAGUGGAAAACAUUGUGAGGUAGACAACAACCUUUGUCGGUCCUCGCCAUGUCAGAACGGGGGUUAUUGUAACAAUUCCCCCAAUAAUUACACAUGUGCGUGUCCCGCCGAUUUCAGUGGACAACAUUGUGAGAUAGACAACAACCUAUGUCGGUCUUCGCCAUGUCUGAACCUAGGUAAAUGCCAGAACCAACCAAACGCUUACAACUGCCUAUGCCCAACCGACUUCAGUGGAAAACAUUGUGAGAUAGACAACAACCUUUGUCGCUCGUCCCCGUGUCAAAAUCAUGGUACUUGCAGCAAUUCCCCCAAUAAUUAUACAUGCGCCUGCCCCACCGAUUUCAGUGGAAAGAAUUGUGAGAUAGACAACAAUCUUUGUCGAUCAAAGCCAUGUUUGAACAAUGGAUUAUGCUUGUCGUCCCCAAAUAACUACAACUGCAUGUGCCAGACAGGUUAUGGUGGUCGCAACUGUGACAUCGACAAUAACCAGUGCAGGUCGUCGCCCUGUCAAAAUCAAGGUACUUGCAGCAAUUCCCCCAAUAGUUAUGUAUGUUCCUGUCCCGCUGACUUCAGUGGCCAACAUUGUGAGAUAGACAACAACUUAUGUCGAUCAUCCCCAUGUUUGAAUAAGGGGACAUGCUUGUCAUCUCCAAACAAUUACACGUGCCAGUGUCAUGCUGAUUUUGAUGGACGGCAUUGUGAAAUCGACAUAAACAAUUGUAGGUCGUCUCCUUGUGAGCAUAGCGGCAAUUGCACCAACGCACCCAACACAUACAGCUGCGCCUGUGCAACGGGCUGGAAGGGACCAACGUGUCAGUAUAAGGCUUGCAGUUUGAACACGUGCAAGCAUUCAUCAUCGUGCUCAGACACACCGACCGGAGUGACGUGCACAUGCAAUCCCGGGUGGACCGGACCGUACUGCGAGGUGAACAUCGACGAUUGCAGUUCAAAACCAUGUCAGAAUGGUGCAACGUGUAUUGAUCAGGCAAAUGAUUAUUUUUGCCUGUGUGGUCCAGAUUAUACAGGCAAGAGCUGUGAAACCCAGGUCACAACCACCACUACGACCACCACUGCGGCACCCGACCCCUGCAACCCCAACCCUUGUCCACUGUUACUAGGAACCCCGAUUCCAUGCAAUGUAAAGCCUGGCGGGACACACGAGUGCGUCAAACCCCAGGAUCACUGCAUGCAGAACAACAUGUUGUACAAGCAAGGAUUGAAAUGGGAUGUUGGGUGCCAGCAGAGUUGCAUUUGUGCGAAGGCAUUAGUCAACUUUAUUUAUUGCGAGGCCAAGUGUUUUGACUGGCUGAGUGUUGGUGUUCCAAAUGGUUGUCGCCUUGAUCCCCCCAAGUCCGGGAAAUGCUGUCCAGAAUUGAACUGUAGCGGUUUCACUCCUCCGCCAUAAGAAGCCAACAACUGGCUUGAAGUACCUAUUUCUUUUUAGCUAGCUACCCAUUUGGAUUGAGGAAUAAUUUUGCCAGCGUUCCGAAAUAGUUUCAGAGAUUGCACGAAAGAUUAUGACCAAGUUCAUUUGCGCCAGUGCCUUAUCAAUAUAAUAUAAAACCUAAUCUGUAAGUUUUCAGCGGGAUAGGAUCUUUGCCCGGUUGCUCUCAAAAUCUUAAUUACUAUGAACUUUCUGUUCUUUGCAUAUACGCUCACUAUAUUUGACAUAUAGGUAGAGAGGAAAAUUGUUUUCCGCUAGUUAGAAUGCACUAGUGUUUCGCAAAGUUAUUUGGAAAGCUUGCACAGUGAACCAGAUUUAAUGAUUUUAAGCUCACAUAAUUAAGCUUUGGGAAACGGCAUUUUCGACUUUUCGUUUCAGGCUUUAAGCCUUAUGAAAAUAAGUGAAAGUUUAAUCUGCCGUGCACAGAAUUAAACCGUUGCUUUCAUAUGCAUAUAUAACUAGUCAGUGAACCAUCUCUGCACAAAGGUUAUACCAUUGAUAGUUUUUCCUCAACAAUUUCACAAAUGUUCUUGAAAAGAUGUUGAUAUAUAUCACAUUUCUUUGAAACCUUUGAGAAACUGCCAAGAGGAAAUACAGAAAGUCUUUAGUGAAGUUAUUUACUUUUUUUAAUUUUGGUGACUUUGGGUUAACUUUGCGCAAACGAUCUGCCU